AUGUGGGCUGGACUGCUGCUCCGGGCCGCCUGCGCCGCGCUGCUGCUGCCGGCGGCCGCGGGCCGAGGCUACACCGGCCGGAAGGCGCCCGGCCACUUCGCUGCCGAGAGACGUCGGCUGGGUCCCCACGUCUGCCUCUCAGGGUUCGGAAGUGGCUGCUGUCCUGGCUGGGCACCUUCCAUGGGCAGUGGACACUGUACCCUGCCCCUCUGCUCCUUUGGCUGUGGGAGUGGCAUCUGCAUUGCUCCCAAUGUCUGCUCCUGCCAGGAUGGAGAGCAAGGGGCCACCUGCCCAGAUGCCCACGGUCCCUGCGGCGAGUAUGGCUGUGACCUGACCUGUAACCAUGGUGGCUGUCAGGAAGUGGCCCGAGUGUGCCCCAUUGGCUUCUCGAUGACAGAAACAGCUGUUGGUAUCAGAUGUACAGAUAUCAAUGAGUGCUUAAGCUCCUCUUGCGAAGGCCACUGUGUGAACACGGAAGGCGGCUUUGUGUGUGAAUGUGGGCCGGGCAUGCAGCUGUCUGCUGACCGCCACAGCUGCCAAGACACUGACGAAUGCCUGGGAACCCCUUGUCAGCAGAGGUGUAAAAACAGCAUUGGCAGCUACAGGUGUUCCUGUAGACCGGGCUUCCAUCUCCAUGGCAACCGGCACUCCUGUGUAGAUGUAAACGAGUGUCGGCGGCCGCUGGAGAGGCGAGUCUGUCACCAUUCCUGUCACAACACCGUGGGCAGCUUCCUGUGCACCUGCAGACCUGGCUUCAGGCUCCGAGCUGACCGUGUGUCCUGUGAAGCCUUCCCGAAAGCUGUUCUGGCUCCCUCCGCCAUCCUGCAGCCCCUGCAACAGCCCCCCAAGAUGCUACUGCUGCUGCCAGAGGCUGGACAGUCAGCUCUCUCCCCCGGACACAGCCCGCCUCCUGGGGCACCAGGCCCUCCCACUGGAGUCAGGACCACCUGCCACCCACCUCUUACCCCAGCAGUACCCACAGCUUUCCCAUCUGCUCCGAGCCGGCUGCUCUCCACUUUGAUGGCCACUCUAGUGCCCACUUCCUCCUUUCUGGGAAGCCCCAGGCCUCCCUCCUCUGUCCUCCAGAAGGAGUUGGUGACCCCACCUCCACCCCAGGGCCCUGAGCCUGGUGGGAGGCUUACGCUGGGGCCUGCUCCCUGCCAGCACCGAGGAGCCGUGUUCAAGUCAGGGAGCCACUGGACAGAGCCUGAGUGUGCCCAGUGCUGGUGCGAGGAUGGGGAGGUCAGCUGUGGAAAGGUGACCUGUCAUGCUCCCUGUUCCCACCCAAUUCCUGCCAGAGAUGGGGGCUGUUGUCCAACGUGUACAGGCUGUUUUCACAGUGGCGUCAUCCGAGCGGAAGGCGACGUGUUCUCCCCGCCUGACGAGAACUGCACCGUCUGUGUCUGUCUGGCUGGAAACGUGUCCUGCAUUGUGCCCAAGUGUCCACCCGGCCCCUGCCAGAGCCCUCCACAGUCGGAUUGCUGUGCGUGUCUUCCAGUGAGGUGCUAUUUCCACGGUCAGUGGUAUGCGGACGGCGCUGUGUUCAGUGGGGGUGGCGACGAGUGCACCACCUGUGUGUGCCAGAACGGAGAGGUGGAAUGCUCCUUCACGCCGUGUCCAGAGCUGGACUGUCCCCGUGAGGAGUGGUGGCUGAGCCCUGGACAGUGCUGCUUCACCUGCCGGGAGCCUGUGCCCAUGACAGGCUGCUCCCUCGACGACAAUGGGAUUGAGUUUCCGGUUGGACAGAUCUGGUCGCCUGGUGACCCCUGUGAGUUAUGCAUCUGCCAGGCAGAUGGCUCGGUGAGCUGCAAGAGGACAGACUGCGUGGACUCCUGCCCUCACCCGAUUCGGAUCCCUGGACAGUGUUGCCCAGAUUGUUCGGCAGGCUGUACCUACACUGGCAGGAUCUUCUACAACAAUGAGACCUUCCCAUCUGUGCUGGACCCCUGCCUGAGCUGCAUCUGCUUGCUGGGCUCUGUGGCCUGUUCGCCCGUGGACUGUCCCAUCACCUGCACCUACCCUUUCCACCCGGACGGAGAAUGCUGCCCGGUCUGCAGAGAUUGCAACUAUGAGGGAAGGAAGGUGGCGAAUGGCCAGGUGUUCACCUUAGAUGAUGAGCCCUGCACGCGCUGCACCUGCCAGCUGGGAGAAGUAAGCUGUGAGACAAUCCCCUGCCAUCAGGACUGCCCAGAUGUCCCCAUGCUACCUGGAGACUGCUGCGCCUCCUGCCCAGAGUCCCUGCUCCCUCCGGAGGAAAGACAGAGCCUUCCCGCUCACAGAGAUGUGGAGCUCAGCAAAGCUGCCCGCAGCUCCCCAGAAGAUACGGCUCCCCCACUGCAGCCUGUCAACUGCAGCACCUGCCCAGGACCCCCAACAGUGUCACCCCGCAGGCCAGCGAUCCCCCUCUUCCAGCUCCUCCUGAGGACGAACUUGUCUGAGAUGCGGACUCCACCCCCAGGCCGCUCAGCACCCCAGGCCUCAUCCUCAGCCUUGUCAGGGCCAGUGGGUACAUUCUCAGGGGAGUCCCCUCAUCCCUUCUCAGCACCCUCCAUCCCACCAGGAUCCUCCAGUCUACCUUCAGCCACCCUGGGGGUUCCUUGGCCACCCUCGGUUACUCCUGCCCCGGCCUUCUCAGCCUCCGAGUCCUGGACAACCCCCAGCUGGCCUCCUGUGCCUGCCACCACUCUGGCUGAAGCAUCAGCACUGCCCACGACCACCCCUAGCGCCUCGGAGACUCCUGGGACUUCCCUCAGGCCAAGCAGACUCUUUCCUACCACCUCCAGACUCUCUGCAGCCCUGGUGGCCAGUGCUGAGCCCACCCCCCAGACGCCCACGACCCCCACGGAGGAGGAGUCCACUGGAUAA